AUGGCUGGAGGUGCCACUGGGACAGCACACAGCAACUACCCACACACAUUUUCCGCUGAGCUUAUCCGUCAUUGCGAGGAUGGAUGCAUUCCACCCGAGGUGUUCGCUGACGCGCGUGCGUUGCUCGACGACGAGCACCGUCGCCGCUAUGUCCGUAUCAAUCCGCGAUGCGAGGAACGGGUUCUGGACGCUGGGGCGGAAGCCGUUCUGCGGCUGGACACACACUCGACGGCAGCACGGAUGUGUACAAGCACGUUGCUGUCUCCUGAAGAAGAGAGGAUGGUCAGCACGCUGCAAGGCUCUAUGCGUGCAGGCGCCACAGAGGCAUCCUCGCCGGCCACCGAUGAAGCUGUAGCUUCGCAAAGUCAAAAACGCAACGUUCGUGACGACGCGCCCCGCGCCAGUGUGUUGCGUCUCGGCCUCGCUGCCCUUACUGGCCUGGCCUUGGAGUCCGUCGAGCCGGUGGCGUGGCUGCCUUGCGGUGUGUUUGCCCUCCCGUGGUCGUACCCCAUGGGCGGCAACCCUCUUUUUCUAGACGGGACGCUGCUUGCGAUGGAUGCAGCGUCGAUAGCGGCGGUGGUGGCUCUGCAUCCGCGCAAGGGGGAUCGUGUCCUGGACCUUUGCUGUGCUCCUGGCAUGAAGCUGGGGCUUUUGGCGGAUGCAGUGACGAGAGGUCACGCGGGCGGCACCGGCUCACCCCUCUCCGCGGCGUCGCCGUCCCUCGCAGACGGCCUUGUUGUUGGCGUGGAUGUGAGUCUCGCUCGCUUAUAUAUGACUCGAUCCACACUGAAGAAGCAGCAGCAGCAGGGCGGCACCGCUGACACUCCGUCAUCGCUUCCUGUGUGCUUGUUUGCCGGUGAUGGGUGCUGCUUCUCCAUGGAAAGCGCAGGGGCAGCGCUUGAUCUGACUGGAUCGGCUGUGGAUGCUGGCACAGGGCUGACGAAGGUGGAGAGGCGGCGGCUUCAGCGUCAGUACAACGCGACUACGGCAACCGCAGGAUCGAAGCGAGACCGUUCAGCUUCGGGGGCAGCUGCGUGUGUAGUGUCUCACAAGGCGGAGUCGAGUCCGCCGCCGACUGUCGUCUAUGCUCCCGCCCACAUCCGCCCCAUUGUGGCUGCAUGGCUGCACGAAGAAGCGUGCGGCUCGCAAGUGGCUGACGCAUUGACUACACCACCGUCGCACCCGCAGCCGUUGCUUUUUGACCGCGUUCUUGUGGAUGCAGAAUGCUCCCACGACGGCUCCGUCGCCCACAUGCAGCUCGGCGAGCCGCAUGCGAAUGCCGCUGCUACAGCGCGCAACUCCACACCUGGUGCUUGUUCGACGUCGUCGGCUGUAUCGACAAUCCGGAAAGGCAGAGGCGUUGAUAACGAGUAUCGCAUGCAUCACAUGAACCUUGGCAUCGCGGAGGGUGAAGUGGGGCCGCAGACAGAGAAGACGCCAUUCGCAUCUUCGCAGCCUCUUGCAAACUCCCCUGCGGGGAGCGGCGAGCACAGCAAGAAGAACACUCCCUCCCCUUCAUCCGCCUCUCUCUUUGCUCUCCAGUCGAAGCUGCUAGAUAACGGCUAUCGCCAGCUUCGACCAGGUGGGACACUUGUGUACGCGACCUGCUCCUACUCGUACGUGCAAAACGAGUAUGUUGUGCGCCGAUUCCUGGAGCGCGCCAACGCGGUCAAUGAGAAGGUGGAUCCGUGUGACGCGCGCAGUCGUUUCACGGCCAACGAAGUCCCGAGACAGGCUACAGCCGUUUUGGUACCAGCCUUCUCUUACGCGCAUGAGGCAGAUGGGAAGAGUGUGUCUGGCGUUGCCAGCAACGACAGCGUCGCCGCUUGCGUGCGGAUGAAUAGCGAAGAGCAACGGCGUGACGUGCAGCGACUCCUGGAUGCACACGUCUUCGACUACGGCACAGUGCAGAGAGGGCACGACCGGUACGCUUAUGUCGAAGGUGCUAGCCACGGCGCCCCCUCUGCGGACGAGCACGCCGCCUUGGGGAGUCGUUUCUGGCCCCGUCUCUUUCAGUCCAGCUUUCUCUACGUGGCAAAGAUAUGGAAGAGGCCACCAGAAGCCGCUGUGUCGGUCGAGGGCGGGAGUAGGGGUGUUGCCAGUGAGAAGUAA